UUCCUCUGUAUCCUUGUAGAAGAGUUGAGCGAGCAGAGGCACUGGAGGAGGGCUGCAGCGGUGCUCGCCUUGUACAUUGUGCUUUUGCAGCAUCAGGGGCAUCCCUAGGAUGUGAUACAUGAGCGAGCAUCACUGCUGCAGCCUUGUUCCCGGGGACUGAUUGUUUGCUUGCUGGCACACAGCUCUCUUAGUUUGGAAACUGACCCUUUCUCAGCACUUUGGGAGCAGAGCAGAAUACAUAUAUAUAUAUAUUUAUUUUCCCUUUUCUUUGCAAGACUGAGCUGGCAGUGCUCCCAUCAUGGUGGCUGCACACACUGCCCAUUCUACCUCCUCUGCUGAAUGGAUUGCCUGCUUAGAUAAAAGGCCUCUGGAACGUUCCGGAGAAGAUGUGGACAUUAUAUUUGCACGACUGAAAGAAGUUAAAGCUUUUGAGAGAUUUCACCCAAGUCUUCUUCAACAGAUAUGCUUUUGUGGAUACUAUGAAAACCUGGAAAAGGGUGUUACAUUGUACCGUCAAGGUGAUAUAGGAACAAGUUGGUAUGCGGUACUUACAGGAUCACUGGAUGUUAAAGUAUCCGAAACAAACAACCACCAGGAUGCAGUCGUCAUAUGCACGCUGGGUGUUGGAACAGCUUUUGGCGAAUCCAUAUUGGACAACACCCCACGGCAUGCCACCAUUGUCACGAGGGAAAACAGCGAACUUCUUCGAAUUGAACAGAAGGAUUUUAAAGCCCUUUGGGAGAAAUAUCGACAGUAUAUGGCGAGCUUUCUGGCUCCACCCUAUGGUGUUCUGGAAACCGGAUCUAAUGACAGACUGUCAGACAAAGAAAAUAUGAAUAGUGCUUUGGGACCAGGAUCCAAAAACUGUAAUAAGACCCCCCUCAUUGAAAACCAAAUCCCGAUACGUCCAGCUAAAACCAUUACAGAGGUAAUGGGAUUUCGCCAAGUGGUGAAGGUUCCAUCAGAAAGAAUACUCAGGGCUGGAAAGAUUUUACGGAUUGCCAUCCUUUCUCGGGCACCCCACAUGAUUAGAGAUCGAAAGUAUCAUCUUAAAACAUACAGGCAAUGCUGUGUUGGAACUGAACUUGUUGACUGGCUCAUACAGCAAAGCUCAUGCGUUCAUUCUCGAACACAAGCAGUGGGAAUGUGGCAGGUGCUGCUCGAAGAAGGAGUCUUAAACCAUGUGGAUCAGGAAUAUUACUUCCAAGACAAAUACCUGUUUUAUCGGUUUCUUGAUGAUGAACAUGAGGAUGCUCCAAUGCCAACAGAGGAGGAGAAAAAAGAGAGCGAUGAGGAGUUGCAGGAUACGUUGCUCCUACUCUCUCAGAUAGGACCUGAUGCACAUAUGAGAAUGAUUCUGAGAAAACCACCAGGUCAGAGGAGUGCAGAUGAUUUAGAAAUUAUUUUUGAAGAACUUAUUCACAUUAAAGCUUUAUCUCACUUAUCAACAACAGUUAAAAGAGAACUUGCUGGAUUUUUAAUCUUUGAAUCUCAUCCCAAAGCAGGAACAGUGUUAUUUAACCAAGGAGAAGAAGGCACUUCCUGGUACAUCAUCUUGAAAGGAUCAGUCAAUGUUGUCAUCUAUGGAAAGGGGGUUGUAUGUACCUUGCAUGAGGGUGAUGACUUUGGGAAACUUGCCCUUGUUAAUGAUGCCCCGAGGGCAGCAUCAAUUGUUUUACGAGAAGACAAUUGUCACUUCCUGCGUGUGGACAAGGAGGACUUCAACCGCAUCUUGCGUGACGUGGAAGCAAACACAGUAAGACUCAAGGAGCAUGAUCAAGAUGUACUGGUACUAGAAAAAAUCCCAGCUGGAUCUCAAAGCUCAGCACAAGGGAUCACUCAGUCUCCAUAUAAAUACACUGUGAUGUCAGGAAACCCAGAGAAACUUCUGGAACACUUCCUAGAAACAAUGCGUCUUGAACCAAGUUUAAGUGACACAACAGUCACUGCUUUGGAUGAUUUUAUUCUGAUGCACUGUGUUUUCAUGCCAAAUUCUCAGCUCUGCCCAGCCUUGAUGGCGCAUUACCAUGCGCAGCCUUCCCAGGGAACGGAGCAGGAGAAGCUGGAUUACACCCUGAAUAACAAGCGCAGAGUCAUACGGCUGGUGCAACAGUGGGCCACUCUUUAUGGGGACUUGUUCCGCGAAGAUGAGGUUUCCAUGGCCUUUCUUGAAGAAUUUUAUGUGUCAGUAUCGGAUGACUCAAGAACAACUGCAGCCCUGAAAGAGCAGCUACCUGACCUGGAACGAACUAUAAAGCAAAUCUCUGAGGAUGCAAAGGGGCAACAAAAGAAGCACAAGGUGCUUUUACGGCAGUUCAGCACUGGAGAUGAGAGACUACAAAAGCGGCAGGCAAUACGGAGCUCUGAUGAAAUUCUGUUCAAGGUAUACUGCAUAGAUCAUACUUACACCACUAUACGUGUAGCAGUGGCUGCUUCAGUGAAAGAAGUGCUCUCUGCGGUCGCUGAUAAACUAGGCUCCGGCGACAGCUUGAUACUCGUCAAAAUCAGUUCUGCAGGAGAAAAAGUGGUGCUGAAACCAAACGACAUAUCCGUGUUUACAACGCUCACUGUGAAUGGACGUCUGUUUGCCUGUCCCCGGGACCAGUUUGAUUCUUUGACGCCUCUCCAAGAACAAGAGGGGCCUUCCAUUGGAACCGUGUCAACUUUUGAACUCAUGAGCUCUAAAGACUUAGCUUAUCAGAUGACCAUUCAUGACUGGGACCUAUUCAGUUGUGUGCAUGAGCUGGAACUUAUUUACCACACAUUUGGGAGACAGAAUUUUAAAAAGACGACGGCAAAUUUAGACCUCUUCCUGAGACGCUUUAAUGAAAUUCAGUUCUGGGUUGUGACUGAGAUUUGCCUGUGCCCUCAACUCAGCAAGCGCGUUCAACUUCUAAAGAAAUUUAUUAAAAUUGCGGCCCACUGCAAGGAAUAUAGAAAUUUGAACUCAUUCUUCGCUAUUGUCAUGGGGCUGAGUAACGUGGCUGUAAGCCGCCUCUCACUGACAUGGGAGAAACUCCCAAGCAAGUUCAAAAAGAUCUAUGCAGAAUUUGAAAAUUUAAUGGAUCCAUCAAGGAAUCACAGAGCUUAUAGACUCACUGUAGCUAAACUGGAUCCCCCAAUCAUCCCUUUUACACCUCUACUUAUCAAAGAUAUGACUUUUACCCAUGAGGGCAACAAAACCUUCAUUGACAAUUUAGUAAACUUUGAGAAAAUGCGUAUGAUUGCAAACACCUUGAGAACAAUAAGAUACUGCAGAAGUGUCCCUUUCAAUCCUGAUGCCUCUCUCGCUGGUAAAAAUCACCAAGACGUGCGGAAUUACGUGCGCCAGUUCAAUGUGAUUGACAACCAGAGGACACUCUCUCAGAUGUCUCAUCGACUAGAACCACGCCGAGCCUAAACAAUCAAAUGUUAUGGGGGAAACUUUGCUGAUAACAUUGGUCAAGCUGAAUGUAAUGGAAGAGAUAUGAAAAAAUUCUUAUUUCUUUUCAUUUUUCUUUACCACUUGCUUGAUAUUUUGAUAUGGUUUUCUUACUGAUUCAUUCCUCAGGAUAUAUGUGUGUGGCAUAGAGUGAAAUUGGUGCUACACAGUUACUGAGGUUCUGAUCAGAUGGGAAACUAAAGGAACAAAUGUUAUCGAAUGGCAAAGUCCUUUCUUGUUUGACAUUAUUUCACACUAAUACUGUUUUGUGAAACAAUUUUUCUUUAAAAAAGGAGGCUUUACUUAAACAUACCAUAUUAAACAGCCAAAUUAUUCAUGUGCCCUGAGCCGACACAUUUGAAGUGACGUAACUACCUGGGGAACAGGGGUUGAAACUGCACUGGGGACCUCCCUACAUAGGAGCCAUUGAUAGGUUUACAGCAAUGAUGUAUCAAGUUUCUGGCACAAAGGAAAGGGGUAGCCAUAGGGUUGCAAUGUGGCUGAUAUUUUGAUGUUUGAUGUCUUUUAAUGUUUAAUAGGGCAGAGAGGUAAAAAUAUAGGAAGGACAGUAUUUUUUCCAGAAAAUGUAGCAACUCUAGGUGCUCAGUGUAAAGGUGCUCCUAUGUGAAUUUUGCACCAGGCCCUGUAACCAUGUAGCUUUACCGAGCUGGACUAGGUCUAUAGUAGCUGCAACUGUUUUUAUAUGUAUUAAAGAGGAACUAUUGCAAAAUUAAAAAUUCAAUAUAAUUGGUAUCUCAUGAAAAUAAGGAAAUAUGUAAUUACAAUCAAUCAAAGAUUCUGUACCAUUUCUGAAAUAGUGUCCCUCUUUAAGCCUGUCCCCCUAUAUGCAUGAGUCGGAAUCAGACUUAGAUUAAAUGAAAUACAUUGGUAUGUGCUGCCUUUGCCUAUGCAAUGUAGUAGAGCUAACUGUAUAUAAAAAAAAUAACAGACUCUGACACAGUUGCAUUUAGAGAGACAGAUUGAUAAGAACCUGAUUAUUUUAAACAGUGUAUAAUAUGUAAUUAAUUGUAUUGAGAAAGUUUAAUAUUUCCAUUAGAUGAAGCUCAUAUUAAAGUUUAAUUUUUUUAUGAUAGUUCAUCAUUAAGGUGGCCCUACGUUAUAUGGGCUGACAUACCAAAAUGAUUGUCCAAAAUGGCCCCCUUUUCAAAUAAAUAUACUGUAUGUAAACCUUUUUUUAAUCAAUUUAGACAAGCAAGAAACUAAAUUUUGGAAUUCUUUAAUUUGUAUAUGCAGUCUGUGGCUGAGGGCACUGUACAACCCUGAAGGCCAGUUUUAGAACAGGCACUUGCUCUAUGCCCCCAGAAUCAGAGGGAAGUUUUGGGAGGGACAAACUUAUAAAAAACAUAUAAAAGCACAAAAGACAUGUUUUCUUUCGGGGAACCUGUCAGUAUACUAAGUAUGGCAGCAUGUUUUAACUGGUUCUCUAAUGGAGAAUUGCAUCAACAGAAUGCCCUUGUCUGUUUAUUUUAAAGUGAAAUGCACUGCUUAUGGCAUAAUAUGGCUCUAGUCAGAUAGAUAUUACUGGGGAAUGCUCAUUUUCUGGAAUGACCCCUGGCUGACAGCAUAUGGACUGCUUAGACCGUACCUUUUCCAUUCAAAUAAAUGAGAAAUGAGCAUACGUUGCCCCCUAUGUGCCAUCUGUUUAGUAUUAUAAAAUACCAAUUUCCAGCGGAGGUGUGUUUGCAUCACCACCAAUACAGCCGAGGACAAUGGCAUUCCCACAUAACUAGCAGUUAGAUUUCUACGAAAGUAUUUGUAUUCAUAGAAAAUGUGCUUUAGCAUUGAAAUAAUUGUAUAAACAGGAUAUCAAGAUACAUGACAUGCUUCAAGUUUAGUCAGAAGGAUGUUGGCUGAUAAUUAACAUGCAACCCUAUUGGGCAAUCAAAAUCUGUGUGGCUUCCAUAACCCUAAGCUCUGACUAGUUUCUCCUGUGUGGCUUCCAUAACCCUAAGCUCUGACUAGUUUCUCCUAGUAAUGUAAUAUGUUACUACUUUCUUGGUUUGUUAAAGGUUUCCCUGGAAACCAGGAAAUUAAUGGGCAUACAGUAUAUCCAAGUGGCUGUUAUCUAUUUUACAGCAUAUUUACUUCUCUCAUUUGCCAAGUCUUUUAAACCAGAGGGAAACCCGACAGGGUCAUCAUUUGGUAUCUCUACCCAUUGCACAGCAGGCUUUCCAGUAAGUGAAGGACUGAUACAUUAGUAUUUUGUAUAGCUGCAUAUACUUUUUUCUGUGCAGAAUUCAUGUCCUAAUCAAAAAAGCUCUUACAAUGGUGACUAUGUAAGAUAAAGAUGGAUUCUGACCAAGGCAAUGCUUUGGGUAUUCUUGUGCUGGCCAGGCCUAUUCUCUAUCAAUCAGAAGCAAAGAAAGCUAUCAUGCCAAUAUUGUUCUAAUAUCUCAUGACUCAGAUACAUAUCACUCUGUAUAUCAAUGUUAUAAUUAUGCCACCCAUUCACUUUUUGUGAAUUUCUGUAAUAUUCUCAGUUUUUGUGCAAUCUCAGUUGAUCAGCUGAUCAUGGCCUACACCAGGGGUCACAAACUUUUUUUUUACAUGUGAGCUACAUUUAAAUGUAAAAAGAGUAAUAGAGCAACACAAACAUGAAAAAAGUUCCCCGGGGUUGCCAAAUUAGGGCCAUGAUUGGCUAUUUGGUAGCCUCUAUGUGGACGGGCAGGCAACAGCAGGCUCUGCUGAAGUCCAAAGAGAAAUUUUGUUCUACCAUAUUGCCACCCCCUUUAAAUCUGCCACCCUAGGCACAGACCCUCAAGUGCCAUUAUGGUAAAUAUGGUCCUGUUCAACAUAUUAUAGUUAAUGCAUGCUGGAAUAUAAGAUCUACCAAUAUCACUGCUAGAUUCUUUGUUUAUGCAAGCACAAAUGACACAGUUAACUGUUACCUAUGAGCAAGAUGACUGAUGUAGCACUGGUGAAUCCUCUUGCAGCUGCAGUUAAGUUUAGAAAGCUCCAGCUGGAGAGUUUAAUGGAAGGUUUAUUUCCCCUUUAAAGGAUGAUUAUGCUGAAAUAUUAUAUAAAUAUAUAUAAAUAUAAUUAAUUAAAUAUAAUUAUAAAUAGCACAAAAUGCACAGGCACAUUCCUCAUCAAACAGUAAGGGAAGGGUGCCCUCCUGCUUUUGGCGGCAGCCUGGGGGCCACUGGUUCCACUCCCCAGCAUAUAAUUUUGCAUUUUGGCAUUAAGAUCUGAUUCCUUUACUUGUCAUUUAUCUGUAGCAGUUUUCAAAAAAAAAACAAAAACCUGAUAGUGUCCAAAGUGUUGUAUCCUAGGUUGUAUGGAAUCGUCUGCACAAUACUUGUUCAUGCAAAUAUUUACUCGUUAUGGGGGGCAAUGUAUUUAUUUAAUUUUGUUACUAUAUUUAUUUUGUUAUGUAAUGGACAUGGUGCCAAAUUGUUUUAGGUUAUUUAUUAAACAGGCAUGCAACUGACAAAAGGUUUUUAAUAUUUACUUCUAUGUAUAAAGUAUAAUGAAAAUGUGUGUUUAAAUAUAUACAUAUACAGUAUAUAUAUUGAUACACACACACCAAAUGUACUUAUUUUUGUGUCCCAAAGCUAUAUUAUUUUAUUGUAAAUAUAUAUGCUUACAUGCAUAGAUUAAAAUGUCAUUUAAAGAUA